AUUCCCAGUGAUACAAAACAACAAUAUAAAGGCUUCACUAGCACUCUUGAAUUUUUAAAAGACUCCUAAAUUGUCUGGUGAAUAUACUUCCGCAAAUAAAAUGUUUCAACCCAGAAUCGUUACUUUUGUUGCUAUCCUGAUAUGUUGCUUUGGUGUAAUGUGCCAACAAGAAGAACAUGACAAAUGUACAACAAAAUCUGGUAUUGCAGGUGUGUGUCUUAAAGUAUCUGAAUGUAAAUCUGCAAUAACGAGUAUACGCAAUGGUAUCGUACCGACAGAUAUAUGUGGCUUUACAUCAACAACUCCCGUUGUAUGUUGUUUGGAUACUCCUACAGACAUACCCAUUUCAACUUCUUCACCAGUACAGAAUGAAAAUAAUUCUGGUAGAACUGGACCAGAUCCUGGAGACAAAGCUAAUAAAAUGUGCCAGGCCUACAGCGCAUAUGCUUACGUUAAUGAAACAUUAUUAUUACCUCUCCUUGGAGAAGCUCAUCAGUAUCUCGACUGUCAAAUAUACAAUAAUGAGCUUAUUGUGGGUCCAACACUUCCAAAACGGAAAGAGUUUCCUCAUAUGGUGCAAAUUGGAUAUGGUUUAGAUUCUGAUGUGAAAUGGGGAUGUGCAGGAACACUUAUUAGUGAAAAUUAUAUUCUAACAGCAGCACGUUGCAUAAAAGAUACGACAAAGGGAGCUGCCAAAUUAGUUAGAAGUGGAGUAUCUAGAAAAGAUAUAGACAGCUUUACUUCGCAAAUCAGGGAAAUCGGUGAAAUGAUAUUACCUCCCAACUAUUCAACGAAUAAAAAUGAAAGUUUGUUAUUGGUAAAAGUUAAGACAAACUUCAAGUUAAACGACUUUAUACGUCCAGCUUGUCUGUAUACUAAAAAUAGCAGUCCACAGCAUCGAUUCGUAACAGCAGGUUGGAGGCUUGCAGAAUUUGGCGAUAAGGAUGGUCAAGAUUUAAAUAGAGUGUACGUGCAACCCCUACCGGAAGAUAAAUGCAACGAUAAAUAUAUUGCUAAUCAUAAUUUUAAUGGUGUUAACAAAAUCAACUCGAUCUGUACUAAAGCAGCUACUAAAGGUUACUACGGAGAUAUUUGCAGUGUGAGUAGUUCAACAUGUAUUUCGCAUAACAGUUAUGUCUCUUAUUAUUUAAGUCAUCAUCAUUAUCAUUGGCUUUUAUAA